AUGCCGCUGCCCGACACCUUGUUCUGCGCGCAGCAGAUCCACAUCCCGCCCGAGCUGCCCGACAUCCUGAAGCAGUUCACCAAGGCGGCCAUCCGCACCCAGCCCGCCGACGUGCUGCAGUGGGCCGCGGGGUAUUUCUCCGCUUUGUCAAAAGGAGAUCCACUUCCUGUAAAGGAGAGAAUUGAAAUGCCCGUGGCCACUCAGAAAACAGACACUGGCCUGACUCAAGGAAUGCUCAAAGUGCUGCACAAGCAGUGUGGCCACAAGCAAUACGUGGACUUACUGGACAUCGAAAAGAAAUGGAGAAGUUUGUGCCUGCCGAUGGAGAAGCUCAGAGCGCUCAUAGAAUUGGACCCUUGUGAUCACAAAAUCGAGUGGAUCAAGUUCUUAGCACUUGGAUGUAGCAUGCUUGGUGGGUCCCUGAACACUGUGAUGAAGAACCUGUGCGAGAUCCUGACCCAGGACCCCGAAGGGGGGCCCGCGCGCAUCCCCUUCAAGACCUUCUCCUACGUCUACCGCUACCUGUCCCGCCUGGACGGGGACACUCCCGCCUCGGAGACGGAGGCCUAUCUCGCCUCGCUGAAGGACAACAUAGACAGUAGAAAGAGUGGCAUGAUUGGACUCAUGGAUUUCUUUGUCCUAGCGAGGAAAAUGUAA